AUGCAUGCGUGCAUCAUCCUUCCCUUACCAUCUUGCCAAAGCCCUGGCCUCCUGCCCCACCCACCUCUCCCUCCCUCCCCCUCUCCCUCCCCUCCUGCCUCUCCCGGGUGCGAGCAGGCGCCGUCAGUGGUGGUGGUGGGGUCGCACGUGUGGGUGGAGGACCCCGAGGAGGCAUGGGUGGAUGCCGUGGUGACAGCCGUGGAGAAGAAGAAGGUUACUGUCAGCUACAAGGGCAAGGAGACCGUGAUUCGGUUGAAGCACUGCCAUCCGCGGGACGAGGAUGCACCGAGCUGUGGGGUGGACGACAUGACCAAGCUAUCAUACCUGCACGAGCCGGGCGUGCUGCACAACCUCUUCCUACGAUACUCCAUCGACGAGAUCUACACGUACACGGGGAGCAUUCUGAUAGCGAUCAACCCGUUCUGUGCGCUGCCGCAUCUGUACGACGAGCAGAUGAUGGAGCAGUACAAGGGCACUCGCCUAGGCGAGCUCUCCCCUCACGUCUUUGCCAUUGCUGAGGCUGCGUACAGGGCGAUGGUGGACUAUGGGGCGAGCCAGUCCAUCCUGGUGAGUGGGGAGAGUGGAGCAGGCAAGACGGAGACAACGAAGCUCAUCAUGCAGUACCUCGCCUACAUGGGAGGCCGCGCCUCCUCUGACGGCCGCACCAUCGAGUCCCAAGUGCUUGAGUCGAAUCCGUUGCUGGAGGCCUUUGGGAAUGCCAAGACUGUCCGCAACAACAACUCCAGUCGCUUUGGCAAGUUCGUGGAGAUUCAGUUUGACCGGGCGGGGCGCAUAUCGGGGGCGGCAGUGCGCACGUACCUGCUGGAGCGGUCCAGAGUGGUGCAGAUAGCAGACCCGGAGCGCAACUACCACGCCUUCUACCAAGUCUGCUGCGGUGCUUCUGAAGAGGAGCGGGCGCGGCUGAAGCUGGGCGCAGCAGAGACGUACCACUACCUGAACCAGAGCAACUGCUACGAGAUCCCCGGCAAGGACUCCAACGCCGUCGAGUACCAGAAGACCCGCCGCGCCAUGGAGGUCGUGGGGCUCACUCUUGAUGAACAGGAGUCGAUAUUCCGCGUGGUGGCGGCCAUUCUGCAUCUGGGCAACAUCACAUUCAAGGCGGGCACAGCAGCGGACUCGUCCAAGCUGCACGGCGACAAGUCCAAGUUCCACCUUGAGGCCGUUGCUGAGCUGCUCAGGUGUGAGAAGAAGAAGCUACGGGAGUCGCUGUUGACGCGCACGUUGGUGACUCGGGAUGGCAACAUCAAGAAGGACCUGGACCCCGCUGCUGCCGUCGUCAGCCGAGACACCCUCGCCAAGACCAUCUACUCUCGCCUCUUCGACUGGCUGGUGGACAAGGUGAACAAGUCCAUAGGGCAGGACCCCGACUGUGCGUCCAUCAUCGGUGUGCUUGACAUCUAUGGCUUCGAAACCUUCCAGUUCAACAGUUUCGAGCAGUUUUGCAUCAACCUCGCAAACGAAAAGCUCCAGCAGCACUUCAACCAGCACGUGUUCAAGGCAGAGCAGGAGGAGUACGAGCGAGAGGAGAUCGACUGGAGCUACAUUGAGUUUGUGGACAACCAGGACGUGCUCGAGCUCAUCGAGAAGAAACCAAUGGGCAUCAUAUCACUGCUAGACGAACAAUGCAUGUUUCCCAAGUCGAACGCGGAGACGUUCGCCACGAAGCUGUACCAGACGUGUGCGCAGCACCCGCGGUUUGAGAAGCCCAAGCUGUCGCAGACGGACUUCACCAUCAACCACUACGCCGGGCAGGUGACGUACCAGUCGGACCUGUUUCUGGACAAGAACAAGGACUACGUGGUGGCGGAGCAUCAGGACCUGCUGGGCAACUCCAAGGACCCCUUUGUCGUCUCGCUCUUCCCACCCAGUGCCGGCGGCGAGAAGGCCAAGACCAAGUUCACCUCGCUUGGCUCCAGCUUCAAGCAACAACUGGCGGAGCUGAUGGCGUCGCUGGGCACGACAGAGCCGCACUACGUGCGGUGUGUGAAGCCCAACAGCAAGAACCGCCCGGGCGCAUUCGAGAACCAAAACGUCAUCCAGCAGCUGAGAUGCGGGGGUGUGCUGGAGGCCAUUCGCAUCAGCUGUGCGGGCUACCCCACACGUCGCUCCUUUGACGAGUUCCUCUCGCGCUUCUCCAUGCUCGCUCCAGAUAUUCUCCUCGACUCCAGCUACGAGGACAACAAGUCAGCAGCCAAGGCCAUGCUGGAGAAGCUCGGCCUAACCAACUUCCAGGUGGGGAAGACGAAGGUGUUUCUGCGCGCGGGGCAGAUGGCGAUGUUAGACGCCAUGCGCACGCAGCACCUCAACUCCGCCGUGCGGGUCAUCCAGCGCUACACGCGCUGCUGGCUGCAGCGCCGCCGCUUCCUCGCGCUCAGGAAGGCCGCUGUCAAAGCACAGGCGCUGUGGCGAGGCAAGGCGGCCAGGAAGGAGUAUGAGCGGCGGCGCAGGGAGGCAGCAGCGGUGCGCAUUCAGAAGCACUACCGCGCGCACCUGGCGCUCUGCCAGUACGCGCGCGUGCAGCGCGCCGUGCUGACGCUGCAGGCGGGGGCGAGGGGCAUGUUCGCGCGCUCUGAGGCCAGGAGCAGACGGCGGAACCUUGCUGCCACGCGCAUUCAGACGCGGUAUCGCGGGCACAGGGAGCGGCGGGCGUAUAAGAAGCUGAGGGCAACAGCGGUGGUGAUGCAGUGCACGUGGAGGGGCAGAGCAGCCCGCCUGCACCUCAAGCGACUCAAACACGAGGCGAAGCAAACGGGGGCGCUACAGGCGGCAAAGACGCGGCUGGAGAAGCAGUGCGAGGAGCUCACAUGGCGCCUGCAGCUCGAGAAGCGCAUGCGGGUGAGAAGCGCAUGCGGGGCUGCUGUAUGGUGCAGUGCACACUUGCCUGCACAUCUGGCACACGUCCCACCAUGCCCCCAUCCUCCUGUACCCACCUGCACCCCCCUGCACCCCUCUGCACCCUGCAUCAUCCGCCCUGCGUGCGUGCAGUCGGACCUGGAGGAGGCGAAAUCAGCGGAGAUAGCGCGGCUGCAGCAGGAGAUGGAGCAGCUCAAAACAGACCUGCACACCACCACCACCCAGGUGGACCAGUUGCAAGCACAGCUGCGCGCAGGCGGAGGAGGAGGAGGGGGUGCAACAGCUGGUGGGGUGGCAGGGGGAGAGGCGACAAGAAUAGGGCGCAGUGCGUCGGGAACGCACACGGCGCCGUCGUCAGCGGCAGCAUCACCGGUGCUCAUGGCGUCGCGCUCCGGCAGAGAUAUGGUGUCGCCACCGCAGCCAGCCAAGCACGGUGCUGGCGGCGCCAGGGCAGUGGAUCUCUUGUUGCCUGCUGCUGCUGCUGCUGCUGGUGCUGCUGGUGGUGCGUCUGCUGGUCCCUCCUCCCCUGCUGCGCGCCCUGCGUUCUCGCACCCCUUGUCCCGCAUCUCCAGCGCGCGUCUCUCUGGCAGCAGUCCCUCAGGCCGCAUGGACCUUGGUGCUACCGUGGGCAACGGAGGGACUGCAGUGGACGGGGCAGCAGGCCCGUGGGAGGGCGAGGGAGCAGCAGCAGGGGAGGGGGGUGUGGUGGAGGGGGGGAUGAACGGGGUGGUGGUGGAUGCGGCGGUGGUGGCGGCGGCGGCGCAGGCGAGUGCAGCGAUGCUGGAGAACGAGAAGCUGAAGGAGGCGCUGGAGGCGUCGGACUCACGGGCGGCGGCCAUGGAGGAGGUGAUUGCACGCAGGGAGGAGCGCAUUCGGGAGCUGGAGGAUGAUGUUCUCACACUCAAGGGCGAGUGUGGCAGGCUGCAGGAGCACCUACAGGGCAUGGAGCGGGAGUUUCAAGUGCUGCGCCGCCAGUCCCUCUCAAUGGCCACCGCCACCGCUAACGGCGCCGCGCCGGGUGGACUGCACGCGCCUCAGCGCGCCCCCUCCGGGCGGCUGUCCUCUGCGCUCUUCGGCAUGGCGGCGCAUGGCACUGCUGUGGCGCCGUCGCCCCCGCCCGUGGGGCUGCCUGCUGCUCGCGAGGCGGCGAACAAGGUGGCGGCGUCUCAGGAGGCGGAGAUGAAACGCCACCACGUGCUGGCGGAGCGACAGCAGGCGGAUCAAGACGCAGUGCUGCAGUUUGUGGUGUCAGACCUGGGCUUCGACAACAACCGUCCCGUGGCAGCAUGCGUUCUCUACCGUGCGCUGCUGCACUGGCGCUCCUUCGACGCGGAGCAGACCAACGUGUUUGACCGCAUCAUCCAGACCAUGAGCGUUGCCGUGGACACCCACGACAGUGCCGGCGCCACCAGCAACAGUGCGGACAGGCUGGCGUUCUGGCUGUCGAACGCGUCGGCGCUGCUGCACCUGCUGCACCGCUCGUUCCGCCCUGGGGGGGCCUCGCAGAGCCAGAUGCAGGCGCAGCGGCGGCGCCAACAGCAGGCUGCCACGUCGCUGUUUGGCAGGAUGACUCAGUCGUUCCGAGGGCCAGUGGCAGCGGCGCAGGACGAGGCGAGUGCGGUGCAGGCGGACGGGCUGCAGGCGGUGGACCCCAAGUUCCCCGCGCUGCUCUUCAAGCAGCAGCUCACGGCGUUCGUGGAGAAGGUCUACUCCACCAUCCGCGACAACCUCAAAAAGGACAUCUCUCAGAUGCUCGUCGCCUGCAUCCAGGCGAGCCGGUCGUUCCGCCCGGGGGUGAUGACGCGGCAGCAGCAGCGCGGGCAGGCAGCAGACGCGUGCACGGCCGCGCAGAGCCAGGCAGCAGCGGCGCCGGGAGUGGCGCAGUGGAGCGGCAUCAUAGCGCGGCUGACAGAGCUGCUGAACACGCUCAAGGCCAACCACGUGCCCGCCUUCCUCGUGCGCAAGCUCUUCUCUCAGAUCUUCGCCUACAUCAACGUGCAGCUCUUCAACAGCCUGCUGCUGCGCCGAGAGUGCUGCUCGUUCAGCAACGGGGAGUACGUGAAGGCGGGGUUGGCAGAGCUGGAGCGGUGGAUCUACGAGGCCACGGACGAGUACGCGGGGUCUGCAUGGGAGGAGCUUAGGUUCAUCCGCCAAGCUGUUGGCUUCCUGGUGAUCCACCAGAAGCCCAAGAAGUCACUGGAGGACAUCAGCAGCGACCUGUGUCCGGCGCUGAGCAUGCAGCAGCUGUACCGCAUCAGCACCAUGUACCGCGACGACAAGUACGGCACGCACUCCGUGGCGCCGGCAGUCAUCAACGCCAUGCGUGUGAAGAGCACGGAGGAGUCGGCUCUCAACGGCACCAACUCCUUCCUGCUUGAUGACGACUCCUCGGUGCCAUUUGCGGUGGAUGAUAUAUGCAAGGAGCUGCCGAACCUCUCUCUCAACGGGCUGCACAUGCCGCCGCACCUCCGCGACUCAGGACCCUUCCACUUCCUCUUCUCCUAG